AUGCGCCACCCCGAGUUUGGAAAGAAACAGAUACUCACGCAGGCAGGAGAUGAUCUGGGUCGGGGACUCAACGAUUGUAGACCGAUAUCGCUCGAUCCACUUUCAGACCGCACAAUCAUUGAUGUACGCGAAUGGAUGAAGAAGUGUGAAGACGAACGGGACGGUAGUCACAAGAUCUGCUCGUUGAGCGAGGACGCGUUUGUUCCCACCCGCGUCAUCAAGAUAAUUGCUUCUGAACAAGGGCUGCAUUUGAGGCUCAUUCGGGGAAAAGAUAUAGAGGAGCAUGACACCUCAGGAUUUAUGGCCCUCAGCUAUUGCUGGGGUGGAGAUCAACCGAAGCAGUUGAUGCGAAACAAUCUUGAUUCCUACAAGACGGAUAUUCCUUGGAAAACUCUGCCGAAAACACUUCAGGAUGCCGCAACAACAGCUCAGGCGCUGGGAUUUCACUAUGUCUGGGUCGAUUCGAUGUGCAUCAUACAGGACAGCGAAGAGGACAAGGCGGUAGAAAUCAGUCAGAUGACGCAGGUCUAUGCUCAUGCAAGAUUGACCGUCAUGGCUAGAAGAGGCGGAAGAGUGACUGAUGGCUUCUUGCAUUCCAGGGCGCUCCCAUCUGGAACCAGUUCGAUCAAGCUUCAGACCAACGAUGGCCAAACACAACGGAUCAUUCUGACAUUCCGAGCUGCGUUGGAAGAGGAGGAGAAUCUUGCCUUGAACACACGAGGAUGGACCAUGCAAGAACACAUUCUUUCCCGCCACCUGCUCAUCAUUGGAACUUGGGUAACAGAGUAG